AUGGCCGCAGGCGGCAGCAGCUCUGAUCUUGGACACCAGAUGGAUUUCAACAGGGAUAUCGGGACUGGUUUUCUGAAUGAUGAGGAUGUUCCACACCAAAGUGAAGAUGUCAACGACAAAAAGCCGCCUCGCUACGGACCGGUCGAUGAACAACCUGAAUCCAGAUCUCAACAUGGUUUGGGUGUACGGGCUAGGAAGCUUGCUGCUGAAGUAGAGCGUCUCGAAGGGCGAUUGAAGCACAGCCUGGCAGAGAACCCAUCCGGGACAAACACGCAAGAUGAUACUUUGACGCCAAGCGCAAAGCUUACCAAGCGCGCAAAAUGGCGCCAGAGUAAGCGUCGAAAAAGGCUAGAAGAGGCGCGUGAGGAGUGGCGUGAGGUUGAGUCUGAGUACCAAGGAGUCAUCCAACAGCUGGAAACGAUGCACGCUGGCGAGGAGGAGCAAGUAGCCGAAGAUGAGGCGCCAAAUAUCGAGCGAGCCAAGAAACUGAAGGAACUGGAAACAAGGAGACUUGAUCUACUUGCCGAAAAGAAAGACGUUCUCAGGAGACUUCAGGAGGUGGACGAGUCCAAAGCCACAGCCCGGAAGGAACAACGAGAAGCAAGGGAUGAGAAAGAACCAGACGCGGAUCUAGACGAUAUCCUGAAAUUGGCUGUUAAAAAAGUUGAGGCGAAGAGAAACUUUGAAAACAGGAUCAGUAAAUUGACCGAAGCAGCGAUACGCAGCGAGCAGGACGGGGAUCGCCGCCAGAACAGGAUUGCUGGGAGGAACGACGCACCGGUGGCACCACGUAGCGAUCGAGCAGAGCAACCCCUCCGAAACAUAAUCCCUGAGAAGGAGAACGUACGGUCGCCAGCAAGUAACGGCCUUGAAGAGCUUAUCGCUGCGAGCGGACAUGGGCUUGACUCGACGAGCAAGUCUCCCACUAAAGCUAGAAAAGGAUCGAGUCCCGCUCAGUCUCAGCUGAAGCAAGUAGUAUCACAACAGAGCGUGGAUGUCGCUAUGCAGUCUCAGUCCAAAAAGCUCUCCAGACCGAAAGACGGCGUGCAUCUCAAGGUGCCAGCAUCAGGCAAGAUACAAAUUGACGAGAAUCUGACUCUCUCCCUGAAUGCCGGCACCGCAUCAUUGCAAGAACAGAUCAUUGCAAUGCAAGCCCGUCUGCGCGAGUCAUACCCCCGCAUUGACCAGGCACCUUUCACAGUCGAAGAGAAUAAGAAUCGUAAUACCCUGCAGUCGUGGCUCAAGGUCUUGGUCGGUCGAUGGGAAGCACGCUCUCUUUCAUCGAUCGGCAUGGACAAGACAGAUGCAGAACUCCGGAGUUUUAUGGACCAGAUGGUGAGGGACCACAACCUGAGUAAUGAGUCGGCGGAGCGCAUGGCGGAAAAGUGGAAGCGUAUACUUGAAGCGCGUGAAGCCUCAAAAAAAGCGGAUUCUGGUCACGAGUUGACAGGAAACGACGAACAGUCGCUAGAAGUAGCAGGAGAACUGUCACCAGAAGUGGCAAAGAAGUCUGUCCAGGACGAAACGGAACUAGAAAAAUUGGUCAGCGCUGUAGAAAAGCAGGCAACGGUGAUUGAAGAACUAGAUGACGCUAUCGACGAAGAAGAAUGGGAUAUUGGUGGACUGGGUUUCUUGCGCGCGGACGACACCUAUACCGAGACCGACGCUCCAGAGGACAGCACGAAGCCUGCGCCAACCAGCACGUCCACAAAGAAGCCCUCAAAUUCCCCGCUUGCAUCACUCUCACGCCGUCUCUACUCCACCUCAUCCCGCCCACCAGUUGACCCUGCGCCUGCACCAGAGUCGGAGAAGCCAAUAGCACCUUCAGCAUCAGUGUCGGCAGCAGCUUCCCCUGCGUCUCAACUCCCCCAUCUUACACCAUCAGGCUCAGCACACAUGGUCUCCGUCUCCGCCAAAGCGCAUACCAUCCGCACCGCCAUCGCCGUCGGAACAGUAUACUUCACAAACCACACACCCUUCAGCCUCAUUAAAUCCAACACCCUGAAAAAGGGCGACGUCCUCAGCGUCUCCCGCAUCGCAGGCAUCAUGGCCGCCAAGAAAUGCCCCGACCUCAUCCCACUAUGUCAUCCGAUUGCCCUCACCAGUGUAGGCGUCGAACUGAAAGUCCUUUCGCCUGGCGAGACGGACGACAGCUACGGCGGUGUACAUAUCGAAGCACGCGUCAGUUGCACGGGCCCAACGGGCGUGGAAAUGGAGGCGCUGACGAGCGUCAUGGGCGCAGCGCUGAGCGUGGUGGACAUGUGCAAGGCUGUGGAUAGGUUUCAGCGGAUUUGCGAUGUGAGGGUUGUGCUAAAGGAGGGUGGGAAGAGUGGGAUGUGGAGGGAAGAGGGGUGGACGUCAGUUGUACACACGGACGAUGCUGAGAGUUAG